AUGAACUGGGAUGCUUCGGUGGACAAAUAUAGAGGCAGAGUUGGAAUAGGGGUUAUCAUUAGAGACCACAAAGGGCUUAUGAUUGCUGCAUUGAGAAUGAGCAGACCCCUGUAUCCAGAUCCUACACUAGCUGAAGCUUGCUGGGCGUACGAGGCAACAAAGUUUGGUCUACAGCUUGGGCUCUCCAAGGUUGUUUUAGAGGGUGAUUCCCAACAAAUUGUGUCGGCUCUUUUGACAAAGGACAAGAAUGAAUUUCAAACGGAUAUGGUUACACAAGAAACACAAAAACUACUCUCUUCUUUAUAUGAGGUCUGGUCUGUUAAGCAUGUGUUUAGAAAAGCCAAUAGAGUGGCUCAUGUGUUAGCUAGAAAGGCUCUAUUUUCAUCUGAAACUAUUGUAGACAUUGAAGAUCCUCCCUUAUGUAUUUCGGAUCUCUUGCUUAAUGAAUGA